CGAAGUGCCGGGGCGAGCCCGGCCCGCGUCAGGGCUUGGGGGAGGCUCUGGAUUCUCGAGCGCUCCCCGUAAAUUGUCCUCGGCGGCGUGAGCCGGACUCUGCUGCCCCCAGAUACCAGGACGAGGGAGUUUGGCCACUAGUGCUGUUAGAAGAGGAAGAUUAAAAAAAAAUACUUUUGAUCAACAAUCUCAAGCCAUUGGUUGAAUAUCCAUCAAAAGAGUUAAGCAAAGAAUGGAGAAGAAAGCAGACUUCAGGGAUGGUAUGGUUAGAAAACCACCUUUCUCUCCAAAGGUAUUGUCUUCUAAGAAGUCUUCUCUCAGCUCUGGGACCCGGAGGCAGUUACCUAGACCCAGUCAUCUAGCACAGUAUACCACCUCGCGCACCUGGACCAAACAGGGCCGAUUAAGAGAAUUGCGCGUCAGAUGUGUGGCCAGAAAGUUUUUGUAUUUGUGGAUUCGAAUGACUUUUGGAAGAGUAUUUCCCUCUAAAGCCAGAUAUUACUUGUACAAUUUGAUGUUCCAGAACUGGAGGACUUAUGUUUACCAACAACAGGAGAUGAGGAGCAAGUACCUUAAAGCCGAGAAACAUGAUGUAAAGCUAAAGCUACAAAAGUCCUGGAAGUCCUGGUUGAUCUACGUGUUUGUUCGUAGAACCAAAUUUCACAUGCACACUACUGCUUUGGAGUUUAGGCAGCGGAGCAUUUUAUGGGUAUGGUGGAGCAAGUGGAAGCAGCAACUAAGACAAGCCUAUGUGAAUCACGCUCUCCAUGUUACAGCUGUGAGGCACAACGCCCUGAGCCUCCAACUGCAGGCUUGGUCACGGUGGCAAAAAGAACUCCAGCACAGUCAGCAGGAGAGAUUAAAGGUGGUUUUUGCAAUGCAACACCAUGAGCACCGGCAAAAGCAGAGAUCCCUGAAGGCAUGGCUUAAAUACCUGCAUGUCCGCAGGAAGAAGAGGCAACAGAAUGAGACAGCAGAGCGAUUCCACCAUGUCACUGUGCUGCAGAUACACUUCUGUGACUGGCAGUGGGCCUGGCAAUGGAGGCAGAGCUUGUCCGCCCACCAGGCCCUGGUGGAGGAGCUGGCCAGGAAGAUGGCACUGCGGAGGGUCUUCACACAUUGGAAACACUAUAUGCUGCUGUGUGCCGAAGAAGCUGCCCAGCGGAAGGUGGCAGAAGAGCACCACCAACACAGGCUGCUGUAUUUUUGCUUCAGAGCUCUAAGAGACAAUGUGACCCGAAUCCAUCUCCAACGAAUAAGGAAGAAUCUUGCUCACCAACAGCACGAUGUCAUGCUGCUGCGCAGGUUCUGGAACCUCUGGCAGUCUCAGAUUGAGCAGAGGAAGGAGCGAGAUCAGCUCCCUUUAUCGCAUGCAGCCCGAGGCCACUACAGGGUGACAUUGCUGCGCAAGUGUAUCCAAUUGUGGCUCCGGUAUGUUCAGAAGAGAAGAUACAAACGGCUCCUGAAGGCCAGAGCAGACCGUCAUUUCCAGCAGAGAGCCAUGCCCACUGCAUUCCACACUUGGAACAGACUUUGGCGACGGCACCAGCAGGAUUAUAUCCUCAAUGCAAGAGCUGUCCGUUUCCACAGUCGAACUGUCAAGUGGAGCCCCUUGGAACCUGCGCACACACGCACGCACACACUCGCACACACCAGUCCCUCAGCUCCAGCUGACCGCUCUGUCCUGGAUCUGCAGUGUGCAGCACUGCAGGCAGCCGAGCAACUGCAGUUGAUGCGAGCAGACCUGCAUGGCCAGCACGCCACACUGCACAGGGCACUGCAGAAGUGGCUGGAGUACCAGGGCAGGGUGCGGCGCGUGCUGCAGGAGGUGGCCGCCCGGCAGAGCCAGCGCAGGAGGCAGCUGCUGCGGUGGGUGUUGCAUCGCUGGAGAGAGAAUGCUGUGGCCCGUGCGGAUAAAGCCAGGAAAACCUUGGCAGCCUAUGUCCACUACCGAAGGACACUGUGUUCCAAGGUCUUGGCCCAGUGGAGGGAGGUGGCGUCUAUGCAGAUCUAUUACCGGCAGCAGGAGGCAGCGGCCCUCAGGGAGGCCCAGAAGGUGCUGGAGAGAGGUUGUCUCCAGACUUGGUUUGGCCGCUGGCAGGCCCGCAGGCAGCAGAGAGCUCGGCUGGAGCGGGCAGCCCGGCACCACGGGCGGCAGCUGCUGCUGGCAGGCAUGUCUCGGUGGAAGGCACACCAUCGGCAGUGUACCAGGAAGAGGCAACUGCAAUGGCAGGGCACCCGCUUCCUCGCACAGAGACUCAGCCGGGCCUGCUUCCGCCAGUGGAGACAGCAGCUGGUGGCCAGGAGACGAGAGCAGCAGAGUACAGCUCGGGCCCUGUGGUUCUGGGCCGUGUCACUACAGGCAAAGGCGUGGGCUGCAUGGCUAGACUUUGUGUUGGAGAGGAGGAGGAAAAAGGUGCGGCUGGAGCGCGCAGUGCAGGCCCACCACCAGCAGCUCCUACAGGAGGGCGCUACGAGACUCCUGCGCUUUGCAGCCAGCAUGAAGGCGCUCCGGCAACAGCUCCAGGCCCAGCAGCAGAUCCAGGCAGCCCACAGCCUCCACCGUGCAGUCCGACGCUGUGCCGAGCUCUGGAAACAGAAGGUGCUUGGCCAGGACAGGGAGUCUCGGCCCCCAGCCCUCGUCACCUCCAGCAGGAGAGUGACCUUUGAAGGUCCCCUUGCCAACCGCAUUGCUGCUGGGGCGGGGGAUGCCACGCUGGAGACCACAAGGCGGCGAGCCCCAAGGCCUCAGGGUGCCUCCAGCAUCCAGACACCGGCCGGGGAGUCCUACCUUCCUGAGCUGAGUGCUGCCCGCUCCACCAGGAAGCAGCCACGAUGCCCACACUUCUUGCUGGAGCCUGUGCAGGGCAAGCGGCCACCAGGAUGUGGCACCCUAGGGGGACCAGGGCCCGGGAAGCCUCAGGAGCAGGAUCCAGGCGUGGCUCAGCCAGCAGGCCCUUUCCAGACGAGGCCCUUCCUGUUUGGGGCCUUGAGCAUCUCUGAGAAGCUGUCAUUGCCUCCACCCUCCUUCUUGCCCCACGGGGUGGGCACACCGGGCAGGGCAUCAGCACCGCCCACUCCCCCUCAGACUAAGCCCCAGAUGCCCCCAGCCCUGGCUUGUGGUGCUGCCUCCCAUCCGCUCCUCCCCGGAGACUUCACAGUCCCUGGGCCUGCACGUGUGCCAGAGGCUGCAGGCCAUGAAGAACUUGAGGCCGAGCUGGAGGAAAUCCAGCAGCAGUUACAGCAUUACCAGACCACUAAGCAGAACCUCUGGUCCUGUCAGCGCCAAGCCGGCAGCCUGCGUAGGUGGCUGGAGCUGUGCCAGGAGGACCCAGGGCCUGAGGACCGGGACGCAGAGCAGCAGGUGCAGAAAGAACUGGAGGAGGUGGAACUGCAGAUCCAGCAGCUAACCGAGGAACUCCAGGUCCAGCGCCAGCCCAUUGGGGCCUGCAUUGCCCGCAUCCGGGCCCUGCGGGGGGCCCUGUGCUAGGAGCACAGCAGAGGCCACUUCAGGACAAACCCAAUAACAGAAUGCAAAG